AUUUCAUUAAGGGACUACAACUCCCAUGAAGAGGCAACGCGGAAGAGUGGAUCUCUGAUUCAGACGUGUUCAACUGAAUCAGGAGUUUGUGUAGAAGCCGGGGUCCUUUUAAAAACAAAAAAAUUGCCGCUUAUUUGUAACGAUGCACAGAUCAAGACUCCCCCUAACUAAGUGACACAUUUUAUCUGUGCUGUGAAACAAAAUGGGGCCAGUUUUCGCCACAGUUCUUGUUUUUGUCGGAUGCUGUAGUAAUGUGGUGUCUCUGGAGCUGCUUGUAAGGGAGUUUCCAGGAUGUGGCAACAUAGUCACUUUUGCGCAGUUUUUGUUCAUUGCUUUGGAGGGUUUCAUCUUCGAGGCCAACUUUGGGAGGAAGAAACCAGCCAUCCCUAUUAGCAACUACGUGAUCAUGGUGACCAUGUUCUUUACCGUCAGCGUGAUCAACAACUAUGCUCUGAACUUCAACAUUGCUAUGCCAUUACACAUGAUCUUCAGAUCAGGAUCACUAAUUGCCAACAUGAUCCUGGGGAUAAUCAUCCUGAAGAAAAGAUAUUCAGCCAGUAAAUACCUGUCUAUAGCAUUAGUGUCUGCUGGGAUCUUCAUAUGCACCAUUAUGUCUGCCAAACAAGUGAAUGUGGCCAAUGAGGGUUCAGAGGAACAAGGAUUUUAUGCCUUUAUGCACUGGCUGAUUGGUAUUGCCAUGCUGACAUUUGCUCUGCUGAUGUCUGCAAGGAUGGGCAUAUUCCAGGAAACUCUGUACAAACAGUAUGGAAAACACUCCAAAGAGGCUCUUUUUUACAAUCACUGCCUGCCUCUUCCCGGUUUCCUGAUUCUGUCCACAAACAUCUACAAACACUGUGUUCACUUCAGCCAGAGCACUCCCGUCAUGGUUCCUGUGGUUGGACUGACUGUGCCAAUAAUGUGGAUCUACCUGUUCAUUAAUGUCAUCACACAGUACGUGUGCAUCCGUGGAGUUUUCAUCCUCACCACGGAGUGCACAUCCCUCACCGUCACUCUGGUGGUGACCCUCAGAAAGUUCUUGAGCCUCAUCUUCUCCAUCCUCUAUUUCCAGAACCCGUUUACCACCUGGCACUGGGUGGGCACGGCUGUGGUCUUCCUGGGCACGCUGCUGUACACUGAGGUGUGGAGCAGCGUCCAGGCGGCGCUCGGCCGGCCGGGCAUCAAAGAGCAGAAGAAGCUUGAGUGAGGAAAGACUGCAACGGAUUGAUCUAUGGACUCGGAAAUUACUUUUGGUUUUAUAUUCUGCAGUAGUUUUCUACAGUCAUGUCUUUUUGGUUAAAAACUGUAGACAAUCAUUCACACACGCAGCAGUAGAGCUGAGUAUUGUUAAAAAAAUAACACCCUGGCUUUGAUACGGUUCCUAAAUAAUACAUCUUUUACCUUAAAGGGGUUCUAUGUAGUAUUGCAGUGUGAAAUUGUGUACCAGAA